GGUCAGCAGGGGCGCUGUGCCGCUUCAGGUACAGGGGGCGCGUCUGCAAGGGGAAGCGGGUUUCAAUUUCAAACCCAAAUAGUCCGAGGGACGAGCCAGCGGCUUGUGGGAAAGCGCUAAUACGAGAUAGUUACACUACCGCGUUUAGUCAUAGCAACUGUAACACUAUUCAGACCACAUCUGUAUAUUUGCCCCACGUCGUGGUAAAAGUGCGUUACCCGCCGUGUCUCCGCUCCAGUUUUCCGCGCCUGGGGUUGAUUUUUAUUCUGGAUAACAAACCGUCGCCUGCCUGGCUUGCUUGCUGCAGGUGUUUUUGACGACUACGGAUAGUUUACCACAUUAGUUACUCACGCACAUAUUUACAUCUUACAUUUUCAACAUGCCGAGGUCCAACAGGCAAAAGGAAUACAAACCCGGAGAUCUUGUGUUUGCUAAGAUGAAGGGCUAUCCACACUGGCCUGCAAGGAUUGACGAGUUACCCGAAGGAGCUGUAAAGUCGCCUUCAAACAAGUACCAAGUGUUCUUUUUUGGAACACAUGAGACGGCCUUCCUGGGGGCCAAGGAUUUGUCCCCAUAUGAUGAAUGCAAGGAGAAGUUUGGAAAAGCAAACAAGAGGAAAGGAUUUGCUGAGGGACUCUGGGAGAUUGAGAACAACCCCACGGUCACGCAUGAAGGCUAUGAGUCAUCGAAGAAGGACAACACAUCAGAAGGAGCAGGGGAUACGGGCAGUUCAGAAAAAGCAGAUGCAGAAGGCAGUAGUGACGAGGACGAAGGAGCCCUGGUCAUUGACGAGAAAAAUGAGAGGGGAGGAACCAAACGAAAAGCAGAGGAGUCCACAGAGACCUCUCCGAAGCGGCCAAAGGAUUCAGAAGCGGAAGGUGAUUCUAAAGUAGACGGCAACCAGUCUAACAUGGAGCCCAAGCUCAACGAUGUGGCUGGACCCAAGGCGACUGCUCCUAGUGAGUCGAAACCAGAGGCCCAGGAAAAUGCAGCAGAGAAGCCUGCGACAGACAGCGCUUAACAUCGACUCAGAAGAAAACCACGAACCUUUGACGCUUUUCUCUGGAAUUUAAGCAUCAACACAAUUACCUGCAGGAUGCCAGAUUUCAGCCGUUUAAUUAAUAAGAGAAUUUUAAAACAAACAAAUAAAUUUAAAAAAAAAAACAACAUAAAUGUUUGUAUUGAGAGACAAACAAAUACUCAUUUGCCAUUUUUUGGGAUAUCAUAUAUCCCAGAAAGAAAAAGUUUGCUAAUCUGAUUUCAAAACAAUUGAAUUGAGCACUUUAGGGCUCAUUUAUAAAUGGGAUUUUGGUGUGUAUAUAUUUUUUAUUUCUAAGUGCAAUUACAACGACUGAAUGCUAGGUGUCAAAACAUUUUUCAGCUUAGAGGGGAUAAACACUGAAUAUAUGGUAAAUUUAAGAAACAAACAAACAUUAAAAUCACAAGGAAAAAACCAUUUAUUUGACAAAUGCUCCCAUUUGAUGGUUUUAAAAAGUAGAUAUUGUACAGGCGAUAGAACAAAUUUUCAUCAAUGCUCUUAGCUUAAGUUCAUAAUUUUACUGCUUCCAUUUGUAUCACCUAGCUUUUCAGCCUCAUUUAAAUAAUUUAUUCAUUCAUUGGAAAUAUGAUUGAAUAUUCAGAGGUUGUUUGUUUGUGGUUUUUUUUUUUCUGCCCCCGUUAAUCAUCGUCUGUUUUGCCCUACAACAUUUGUUGUUUCAGUGUGUAUGCUUGAUUGCGAGUGACCAAAGUACGUGAUUCAUUUCACAGGAACCCAUAUGUGGAAUUAAUUAUGUAAACCCCUUUUGAGAAAAGCAAAUUUAGGAUUUAAGCCCCUCUGCUACUCAGUUUAGGCUUCAGUCAUGCAGGCCUAGAAACCAGUUGGCAACUAUCUGGCAACCACUUAAAUGUGUAUUCCCAAUCACUUGGUGAGAAGUUUCUGGCAGUUGCAAGGUGAAACUGAUUGCAAAGAAAUAUACGGCGCUGCACUGAAAACCUGCUUUGCGUGCUCUCAAGUUGCUGUACUUGUGUAGAAGAUGCCGACUUGUCUGCAGACAUUUGUCACCUAGUUGCGUAGCUGUAGUAAAACACAACUCAGAAACUGAGACUGUUCCCCAAAGAUGUUGGGUGCAAACUUGUAUUCUGAAGUCGGAACGUUCUUCAUUUCCACUUUGUGUCAAACUUUCAAAAAGUUUCACUUCCGCAGAACCAUUAGUUGGCAAGUGUUUGCAGACAACUCGGUGUCUCCCUCCCAAACUACAGUAGACUGUGGUAACCUGCUAGUAACCAAAUUAAUCACAAGGAGGGAUUAAUUGUAAUUCUAACAGAUCUAGAAUUAGUGACUAAGCCCAUGAACACAAGAGUCAAGAUAGAAAGCUGUUUUCCCAGAAUUCAAUAGGACCAGAAGUCUAUUUAUAAUUACAGUUCAGAUAGAAUGCAGAUUUAGGGCACUUCCACGUUAGCUUCAUCCAUGUCUUUUACUGAUAUCAGCUAGAAACAACCGCUCGCCAAAUGGUCAGAGAGUGCACGUUUCUUCUUGGUGACCGGAGGUUGCUUGGGAGUUACCGACCUGUCCCUAGGCCUGUGUGACUGAGGCCUUACGUAAGGAGACAUUCCUGAGUGAUGUUCUGUCUGAGCAGAAUCUUUAAACUUUAGCAUCAGGUUUCCCAAACAUCGAUUAAUUCUAGUGGCAGACUUGGAAAAAAAUUUAGAAAAAAAUGCUGGUGUAGGCUUAAUCCUUAUCUGGGGAAAUUGAGCCUUAAAGGUAAUGUGGAGCAGUGGUAAUGACUGCAAGGGAAAGGUUGUUGGCAUCACCCCUCCAUGUGGAAAUUAUCUGGAAAAGUCUUCUAAAACUCAGUUUCAUGUUGUGAUUUCAUGUUUAGCUUACAGUAGUUCCACUGUUGCUUGAAGCUGUU